CGGGAGGAGGGGCGAGGGUCGGAGUGGGGCCUGGUGACAGGAUCUGGGAGCUCCGGGCGGCUGUAAUCCCAGAAAACUACCUCUGCCAGUGCACAGGGAGCUUCUGAGAGCUGGACUUGGUGGGGAGAGGGAAAGGUUUGGAAGGCCCAUGGAUUCUGAAACUCGGCCCCCUUCGGUCGUCCGGCCAAGCCGUAAAGGGGCCGAGGGUGCCGGGUGUGCUGUGACCACCUUCCGUCCUUCCGACUCCAUGUUUCUUUUUAUCCCCCAGGCGUCUGGUCUUGCUGGCUCAGCACGCCUGAUAAGCAUGAAGCUGCUGUGUUUGGUGGCUGUGGUGGGGUGCUUGCUGGUGCCCCCAGCUCAAGCCAACAAGAGCUCUGAAGAUAUUCGGUGCAAAUGCAUCUGUCCACCUUAUAGAAACAUCAGCGGGCACAUUUACAACCAGAAUGUGUCUCAGAAGGACUGCAAUUGCCUGCAUGUGGUGGAGCCCAUGCCAGUGCCCGGCCACGAUGUGGAAGCCUACUGCCUGCUCUGCGAGUGCCGGUACGAGGAGCGCAGCACCACCACCAUCAAGGUCAUCAUCGUCAUCUACCUGUCUGUGGUAGGGGCCCUCUUACUCUACAUGGCCUUCCUGAUGCUGGUAGACCCUCUCAUUCGGAAACCAGACGCUUACACUGAGCAGCUGCACAAUGAAGAGGAGAAUGAGGAUGCACGCUCCAUGGCAGCGGCUGCUGCAUCCAUCGGAGGACCCCGAGCAAACACUGUCCUGGAACGAGUGGAAGGCGCUCAGCAGCGAUGGAAGCUGCAGGUGCAGGAGCAGCGGAAGACGGUCUUCGAUCGACACAAGAUGCUCAGUUAGAUGGCUGGCAUGGAUGCAUCAGGGACCCAGGCCAUGGCUACCAGCUUCUGGGGUUGGACAGAGCCAGUGGCUAAUUCCCUUCCCUAUUUGAAGUCUUCCCUCAAAAACCCAUGGCAUCUGUCCUUCUCCCUCUCUAGAAAUGUACUUGACUGUUAAAACUAGGGAGUGUGGCUGGGUCUCUGGUCUCUAGUGUCUCUUUAGGUCUCUGGGUAAAAGGGAGGGAAGGGAAGGCAGAUGGGAAUAGAGACAUUUGAGACAGCCACAAGACUGGGUGGAAUUCAUCCCCCCUAUGGUCACCAUUCCUCUCAGCUCUACAUCUUAGGGAAUCUUACAGCCCCUUGGGAGAUGGAGCUGUGUCAUCAAGAACUUGGUGGGUGCAAGGAAAAUAUGACCCAGCACUCAGCCUGUGCUCCAGGAUGCUGUGGUCCUCAUUCCUACUUUCUCCAGUGCCAGUAUCUUAGCUUGGCCUGGCCACAGCCUCAGGAACUGUUGUGGUGCCACCUGCUUCCCUCUCCUCAGCUCCUGGUCCACUGAUGCAUGGAGUGCCCAUGCAUGGCAGCACACUCAGUAGCUGUCACCCUACUCCCAUCUCAGGAGGCCACGCAGCCUCUACCGUUCCAGUGACUGCAGCUGCUGAGCCAUAAAGUUGGACCACAUGUCACAAGGCUGAGCAGCAGCCCCUGUCCUUGGAUGGCUACUUGUCCCUGAGUUUCAUUGUACCAUGCAUGGAGAGAAACGUUUGUCUUUCUGUUGUCUGUAAAUCAAGGAAGCCAUUAAAUUGUUUUCUUUCUAAAA